UCGCGAUUUCUAAUUUCAUUCUUACUGGCAAGGAGGAUAUACUCGUGUAUUUUAUUUUGAAAUGGCCGAUGAUGACGAGGAAAGCUUAUUCGGUGGUUUAUAUGAAGAUGGACAUUGGGAGUGGGACGAAACCGCCAAAGAGUUAAUUUUCGUGAGUGACAUACCUCCGGAGCAGGUCGAAGAGCUUCAGAUACCAACGAAGGCGCCGACAGGGACGGUGGAGUUUAGAGAUGAUUUGGAUAUUAUUGAGCAGAUUCGCUUCCGAAGACGCUACCAAAGAAAAACUAAACCCGGACAGCCAGAUGUUAUUACUGUGCAGGGCGUGAAAGAUCUCGCUUUAUACACCGCGCCUUUCACUAUAUUAAGUCCCAUGUUGAUCAGCAUGCUGCAUUUGCCGACCACAGAGAGAUUUAUUAGGGCGCUCGUGCUCUACGUCCAGUAUUAUUUACAGAUCUCAGAUGAGAUGGCAAAUCGGAUCAUCGCGUGUGAGACGAAGAUACGGACGCCCCAGUGUGAAAUAUUGGAACGUGACUUCAGGGAGAAUUUGAGCGACUUACGAAUUUUGGUCGCCAAGGAGUAUAGCACUGUACUCGUCGGUGGGUGCGAUACGAAAAAGUUCCAUCAUAUGGGCCCGAACAAAAAACGGCGGUCCUUGUCAGAUAAAGAUGCGCGCUUCAUCGAGACGUUUAUACGAAUGUGCGUCCAGAUUGUAUGGCUGGCUCUCGGACGGCAACAAUUCAACCAAAUAGAGUUGGAAGUGAAUCGAAUAUUCAAGACGGAAAUAUUUAACUCGGUGGAGCACAGGCUGCAUACAGAUUAUGUCACUAAGAUGACAAAAGUAGAAAAAGGAGUUCUGCUAGGAGAGUGCCUGCGUCACGACAAGAAACUCAAUACGCGUUCGCCGCUGAUGAAUGAGGUUUUCUGCCACAGAGAUAUUGAUUACCGCAUGUUGGGCCUCGGAGCUAUUAAGUACAAUCAAAUGACCCAUAGACAAGUUUACUUGAAGGAGGCUAUAUCCGGGGCCGAGGAGCAGCUCGCUGAAAUGGGCAUCGUGUUAGGUAUAAUAGGAUUGCCUCAAGGUCAUUUCGACACUAUGCUAAAGCCUCUGCCUAUAACCGCCUCUGAUCCUGGGAAAUCGAAGUCAUCAAUGUCUAAUCAAAGCCAAUCAAAGGCGAGUUUCUCAAUGAAGAAGAGCCAGUCGGCGGCUUCCAGAAAGUUAUAUUCCGACAUAGUGUUGCCAGAUAGAGAAUCGACGUCAUAUUUUCCACCGAGGUUUUCCAUCGAGUCUGAGGAGAUAAGACCCUGCAGCGUAGCCCAGCACAGACGCUGGCACUCCAGACUUCGGAGACUUUUGAAGAUGCAUCGAAAGUGAUCUUCGAAUAGUCAGAUAGUCAGUCAAUAGACCUUAAUAGGGUCAUUAAUUUUACUUAGUAUUUUAAAACAGUCUUUUCAACGUCCAAAUUUACCGUAGUUUACGAUAUUGGUUUUGUCAUUUUAACAUUA